CAAACAGUCCAUGAGUGGAAUAAUGGGAUUAGAUAGAAACGUCGUGUGGGGUUAUAAUCUAUAAAUGUACGCCAUUGAUAUUCUUCCUUACCUGGUUUUCUUUGUUACUGCCAGUGGAGUUCAUGGGUAGCAGCUGGAAAAUGAGUCUCAUCUUCACUUUAUUCUUUCUUUCUUUCUUCUCUCUGUCACAUGGAGAAGGUGAAGAACCAAUUGGAUUUGGCUACAAAAUCAAAUGGAUUAACGUCGGUCCCUCCGGGAAAUCGCUCACCGCCCAGCUCCAGUUGAUAAAGAAUUCAUCUGUCUUCGGGCCGGAUGUUCAGAGUCUCAGCUUUCUGGCAAGCUUUGAGACUGAUACACAGUUGAGAGUCCGUAUAACUGAUUCCAACCACCAGAGAUGGGAAAUCCCAGAAGAAAUAAUUCCACGCCAAACCCACCUCUCUCAACGAAGAUUGCCAGAGAGUCGGUACAACCAGUUAGAAAACCACCAACUAUUAUCAGAAAACUACUCCCUCUCCAUUCCAGAAUCCGACCUGAUUCUCACCUUUAGCUCCUCCUCUCCAUUUGGAUUCCGCAUCAUUCGUGGCUCCACUGGUGAUGUCCUCUUUGACACCUCACCGGAUAAGUCAGAUUCCGGCACUGUGCUUGUGUUCAAAGAUCAAUACAUACAAGUCUCAUCGUCACUACCGGCGGACAAAUCUUCCAUCUUUGGCUUAGGGGAGCACACCAAGAAGACAUUCCGGCUAACCCACAAUGAGACACUGACAAUGUGGAAUGCCGACAUUGCAAGUGCAAAUCUAGAUGUCAAUCUAUAUGGUUCUCACCCAUUCUACAUGGACGUCAGAUCACCAUUAAUUGAUGGUAAAGCUCAAGCAGGAUUGACUCACGGUGUUCUGUUACUUAACAGUAACGGUAUGGACAUUGUAUACACUGGAUCCCGUAUAACAUACAAGAUAAUUGGAGGUGUUCUUGAUUUCUACUUUUUCGCCGGACCGUCGCCGGAAUCCGUCAUGGAGCAAUACACUAAUCUCAUUGGCCGGCCUACACCCAUUCCUUACUGGGCAUUUGGGUUUCACCAGUGCCGUUACGGCUACAAAAAUGUGUCUGAUCUUGAGGGAGUGGUUGCGGGGUAUGCAAAAGCUGGGAUUCCUCUAGAAGUUAUGUGGACAGAUAUAGACCAUAUGGAUGGAUACAAAGAUUUCACACUUGAUCCCGUCAACUUUCCCGCAGACAAGUUGAGUAAAUUUGUGGAUCGACUUCACCAGAAUGGACAGAAAUAUGUACUCAUCUUAGAUCCAGGCAUUAGUGUGAAUGAGACAUAUGGUACAUACAUUCGAGGUAUGAAAGCAGAUGUCUACAUAAAGCGUAAUGGAACUCCUUACCUGGGGAGUGUGUGGCCAGGGCCAGUUUACUUCCCUGAUUUCCUAAGCCCAGCUGCUGCUAUCUUUUGGGGUGGUGAAAUUGCAGCCUUCAGGAAGAUUAUCUCCUUUGAUGGCCUCUGGCUUGACAUGAAUGAAAUCUCCAACUUCAUAACCUCCCCUCCUUCCCCCUCGUCUACACUGGAUGACCCCCCUUACAGAAUUAACGAUGCUGGAAUGAGACGGCCCAUCAUUAGCAGAACUGUCCCCGCAACAGCCCUUCACUUUGGUAAUCUGACCGAAUACAAUGUCCAUAACCUCUAUGGGUUGUUAGAGUCGAAAGCUACAAAUGAAGCCUUGAUCAAGGUGACUGGGAAAAGACCAUUUAUACUGACCAGGUCGACUUUUGUUGGAUCUGGAAAGUAUACAGCACACUGGACUGGUGACAAUGCCGCCUCUUGGGAUGGCCUAGCAUACUCAAUUCCAGCAAUUUUGAACUCUGGAUUAUUUGGGAUUCCAAUGGUGGGAGCUGAUAUCUGUGGAUUUAUGCAGGAUACAACCGAAGAGCUCUGCAGUCGUUGGAUUCAGCUAGGAGCCUUUUAUCCCUUCUCUAGAGACCACUCAGACAAGCAGUCGAUCCGACAAGAGCUCUAUCUAUGGGAAUCUGUUUCCAUUGCAGCAAAGAAGGCACUGGGGCUUCGUUACCGCCUACUUCCUUACUUCUACACAUUAAUGUAUGAAGCACACACAAGGGGAACCCCCAUUGCACGGCCAUUGUUCUUUUCAUUCCCUGAGGACAUCAAGACCUAUGACAUCAGCUCACAGUUUCUGAUCGGUAAAGGUGUAAUGGUUUCACCAGUGUUGAAGCCAGGAGCGGUUUCAGUUGAUGCAUAUUUCCCAGCAGGAGAGUGGUUUGACCUGUUUGAUUAUUCACAAUCAGUGAGUGCAAAAUAUGGAAAAUACGUCACACUUGAUGCCCCACCAGAGCAUAUAAAUGUGCAUGUUAGGGAAGGCAAUAUUUUGGCCAUGCAAGAAGAAGCCACGACAACAGAAGCAGCCCGUAAAACUGGUUUUGAGCUCUUGGUGGCAGUUGACAGCAGUGGAAAUGCCACAGGAGAAGUUUUCUUGGACGAUGGAGAGGAGGUGGAGAUGGGAGGGGUGGGAGGAACAUGGAGCUUUGUGAGAUUUGCAAGCAAGGUCUUCAAGAAUGAGAUGAGGAUCAGAUCAGAGGUUCAGAAUGGGGGAUAUGCUGUCAGUCAGAAGUGGAUCAUACAGAAGGUAAGUUUUGUAGGGUUGAAACAAGUGAGGAGGAUCAAGACAUAUAGCUUGGCCAUGAAAGGGAGAAACUUGAAUGGGAACUCAGGGAUGAUGGUGAGUUUCAAUGGGAAGGGAAGGUUUGGCGUAACAGAGAUCAGAGGCCUGUCAAUACUAAUAGGAGAGGAUUUUGAAUUGAAAUUGCAGUUCAGCCAGUAAUAAGAAUAAUAAUAUUUACAAGAACAAAACUCCUUUACCUAUACAUAUAUGCAUAUAUUAAUGGUUUAAAUAAGUAGAUGAUGUUAUUCAAGCUUUCG